CGUAGCUGGAGCAAAGAGGGCGGCUUUCGGGUUUGGCGGGCGUUUUUCUCCUGCUGCCGUGAAAGCUCCACGUCUCAUCUUCGCUGCUGUGUCCUCGCUUCCUAGAGGCCUAUCCUCUGUGGCCCUGUGAUCUUCAGUCGUUGGGAGAUCCACAGCUAAAAGGCAGGAACCCCCUGGAAGCUUAGAGAUGGAACCAUUGGAGUUUAGGGAUGUGGCCGUAGAAUUCUCUCUGGAGGAGUGGCGUUGCCUGGACACUGCACAGCGGAAUCUGUAUAGGGAUGUGAUGUUGGAGAACUACAGAAACCUGGUCUUCCUUGUUACGUGUUCUCAUUUUGCCCAAGAUCUUUGGUCAGAGCAGGGGAUUAAAGAUUCUUUCCAAAAAAUGAUACUGAGAAGAUAUAUAAAAUCUGAACAUGACAAUUUACAGUUAAAUAACGGCUGUCAAUGUGUGGAUGAGUGUCAUAUGCAGAAAGCAGUUUAUAAUGGACUCAACCAAAGUUUGACAAGUACCCAGAGAACAAUAUUUCAAUGUGAUAAAUAUGUGAAAAUCUUUUAUAAGUUUUCAAAUGCCAAAAGACACAAGAUAAGACAUAUUGGGAAAAAAUUCUUCAUAUAUAUACAAUGUGGCAAAGCUAUUAACCAGUCCUUAACCAUUACUACACAUAAGAAAAUUCAUACUGAGGAGAAACCGUACGAAUGUGAAGAAUGUGGCAAAGCCUCCAACUGGUCUUCACACCUUACUAGACGUAAGAAAAUUCAUACUGGAGAGAAAUCCUACAGAUGUGAAGAAUGUGGGAAAGCCUUUACAAGUUCCUCUAACCUUGCUAAACAUAAGAAAAUUCAUACUGGAGAGAAACCCUACAGAUGUGAAGAUUGUGGAAAAGCUUUUACCCGAUCUGCAACCCUUACUACACAUAAGAAAAUUCAUACAGGAGAGAAACCCUACAGAUGUGAAGAUUGUGGAAAAGCCUUUACAAGUUCCGCUAACCUUAUUGCACAUAAGAAAAUUCAUACUGGAGAGAAACCCUACAGAUGUGAAGAAUGCGGCAAAGCUUUUACCCAGUCUUAUACCCUUACUACACAUAAGAAAAUUCAUACUGGAGAGAAACCCUACAGAUGUGAAGAAUGUGGGAAAGCCUUUACAAGUUCCUCUAACCUUGCUAAACAUAAGAAAAUUCAUACUGGAGAGAAACCCUACAGAUGUGAAGAUUGUGGAAAAGCUUUUACCCGAUCUGAAACCCUUACUACACAUAAGAAAAUUCAUACAGGAGAGAAACCCUACAGAUGUGAAGAUUGUGGAAAAGCCUUUACAAGUUCCUCUAACCUUAUUGCACAUAAGAAAAUUCAUACUGAAGAGAAACCCUACAGUUGUGAAGAUUGUGGAAAAGCUUUCAAGCAGGCCGCACACAUCAGUGCACAUAAGAAAAUUCAUACUGGAGAGAAACCCUACAGAUGUGAAGAAUGCGGCAAAGCUUUUACCCAAUCUUAUACCCUUACUACACAUAAGAAAAUUCAUACUGGCGAGAAACCCUACAGAUGUGAAGAAUGUGGGAAAGCCUUUACAAGUUCCUCUAACCUUGCUAAACAUAAGAAAAUUCAUACUGGAGAGAAACCCUACAGAUGUGAAGAUUGUGGAAAAGCUUUCAAGCAGUCCGGACAUGUUAUUGCACAUAGGAAAAUUCACACUGGAGAAAAGCUCUACAGAUGUGAAGUUUGUGGAAAAGCCUUUAGGCAUUCCUCUAACCUUAUUGCACAUAAGAAAAUUCAUACUGGGGAAAAACCAUACAGAUGUGAAGAAUGUGGAAAAGCCUUUACAAGUUCCUCUAACCUUGCUAACCAUAAGAAAAUUCAUACUGGAGAGAAACCCUACAGAUGUGAAGAUUGUGGAAAAGCUUUUACCCGAUCUGAAACCCUUACUACACAUAAGAAAAUUCAUACAGGAGAGAAACCCUACAGAUGUAAAGAAUGUGGAAAAGCCUUUAUUAAUUCCUCUGACCUUACUAGACAUAAGAAAAUUCAUACGGGAGAGAAACCCUACAGAUGUGAAGAAUGUGGGAAAGCCUUUAUUAAUUCCUCUGACCUUACUAGACAUAAGAAAAUUCAGGCUGGGCGCGGUGGCUCAAGCCUGUAAUCCCAGCA